AUGAAGCCCACAUCACCGCUCUCUCUCCUCUUCUUCCUGCAACUCGCCUCCGCCCUCCCGCUCUCAACGGAAGAACUCAUCCUCGUCGACUGCCGCAGCGCAACCUGUCAUUCCCUCUCGAAGCCGAACACACCACCCACAAAGCUCUCCGAGCCGCACUUCCCCUCGCACCAGCUCUCUUCACCAGGACAACUCCUCAGCGAGAUUUACAACAACGCGGUCCGCACGCCCUCCCCCAGUACUCCACCAACCAGAGCGCUCUCCUCUCAACAUCCACUCUCUUCCGCGUACCUCCUAUCCCUCGGCUCGCCACCAGACACCACAACUCCCCUCCCAUCAAAACCCACCUCCGAGCUCCCGGACUUAAGGAAAGAAGAUGCACAGCGGUACUGGGCAUCGCAGUCCGCAGAAGGCACCACAGUCGCCGAGUUCGCGCCUUCCCAAGCAAUUCAGUUGUGUGGUCAUGGAAGAGAUCAGUAUUUCAAGAUCCAGGGAGCGUAUCUGGCGAGGCAGUAUAGCGAUUUGAUGGUUGUAGGGCUCGUGGUGUUGUUUUUGGCCAUGGUGGUUGCGCUGGAGGCUUGUGAGAGGUGUGGUGAUUUGAGACAUAUAAUCCGCGGAACUCGCAAACGACGCGGCGCAAUCUACCUCGAGGACGAAGACGCGGUUUACGUCGUCAAGAAACCAUUUCGCCUCCAACCUGCGCCUCCGCCUCGAUUCAACAUCUGCAGUUCCUUUAUAUCGGAACGGGAUCAAUAUCGAGACGCGGAUUCAGAUACGGAGGUUGAAGGGGAGGGGUUCUCGUAUGAUAGUGAUGCUUACGAGAAGGCUUAA